AAUAACACUCGGCGAGGCGGGAAACUCGGAUUUUUACCCGAUGCUUUGUUUUGUUCAUGUUUCAACUACGGUUUACUGCGGGUUUUUUAUCAACAGCUUAAAUAAUAUAAAUACAGUAGGAUUAUAUUCUUAAAUCUAGUGAAAAUUUAAGAUAAUCUUCUUAACAUAAAGAUCUGCACGAAACAAAACGGUCCCCACAACAACGCUAAUCAACUGAAAGAAUGACAAUGGAUUUCAGACUUGAGCUGCUCGCUCUCUGCUUCACGUUAGUGACUUGCUCUGAUCCCACCAGCCCACAAGCUCUGUCCAUUAGUCCUGAGAGCUCAAUCUAUGUUGACAACUCCACAACACCAGUCCCGUCCUCCAGCAACUCCACAACAGCCCUGUUGUACAGCAAUGACACAACAACAGCCCCAUGGUACAACAAUGUCACAACAACAGCUUCGUCAUACAGCAACGUCACAACAGCAUCCCUGUUUGACAACAAAACCAGCACAGCACAUGACAACAGUUCUUUUAAUGGUGUCACCACCACAGCAUCACAGAGCAACGUAAACAACAGUACGUCAUUCUCUAACAACUUUACCACUGACAACCAAACACUUUCGGAUUAUUCACACACCACUGUAAACCCAGGCGGAAAUACAUCAAACUCUAGUUCAUCAGACCAUACAGCAUCUACAACAUACCCUACGCCACAUGCAAACUUGUCAGGGAGUGACUUAAACACGACAUACGGCACAGCCUCUCCUAACCUGGACAACACUUCUAUCACUGUUGCCAUGACAACAAGCCCGGGGCUAACAUCAAUGCCAUCCAUGGGCACUACGCAUGUCUUCAACACAUCAAGCGUCAACACGACAUUGGCUGAAAACUACACGGAGACCUUGAAAAUCUUUAACGUCACUUUCAGAAUCAUCAACCUCAACUGGACUGAUGAGUAUAAGAACAGUUCAUCUGAAGGCUAUGCUAGCCUCAGUCACAAUGUCUCUGCAUGGCUUGAUGAUCUAUUCACAAAUGUCACAACAUACAAUGGCUCUACAAUUAUUCAGUUUUCGCAAGGAAGUAUAGUAGUCCAGCUGGAAAUCAAAUUUUUAGAUGCCAACAUGACGACAGAAGAGAUAGAAAAAUUGAUAAACCUCACAAAGACGUUACAAAUUGACGACCUCCUUGUACUUGAUGAGUUGCUGACAACUACAGUGACCCCUCCAACGAGUCAUCUGUCACCUUUGACAAGUGUGACAUCAUCAACAUUGACACCACUGGUGACAACAUCAUCGUCAUCAAUGACAACACCAACAUCCACCUCAGUUGUGACAACACCAUCAUCCCCAGCAAUGACAACAUCCACGUCCAUACUGUCAUCCACAAGUACACCACCCACCAUUCUAACAACCGCAACAGCUACAGUCAGCACUACGGCAGACCCUAUGAUCAACUCAACAGCUGGGACCAAUGGUACCAUCAUUGGUGGAAUAGAAGUCUCCAGCACUACAGCCCAGACCCCCACACUGACCACCUCAGCCCCCACACUGACCACCUCAGCCCCCACACUGACCAGCACAUCCCCCACACUGAACAGCACAGCCCCCACACUGAACAGCACAUCCCCCACACUGACCAGCACGUCCCCCACACUGAACAGCACGUCCCCCACUGUGUUAGAUGUUGUUGCAAACACAACGCAGAUCAUCAACACAACAGUCUCACCAGUUUCUAGCACACCAAGCACCAAUCCUACAGAUACAACUUCAUACACCACUGCUACAGCUGCAUCCAACACAACUAGCAUAGUUAUCCCCCCUACACCCGGUAUAAAUCAUACAGAUGCAACCACCAACACAACUACCACACUUAUCCCCCCUACACCCGGUAUAAAUCAUACAGAUGCAACCACCAACACAACUACCAUACUUUUCCCCCCUACACCUGGUAUAAAUCAUACAGAUGCAACCACCAACACAACUACCAUACUUUUCCCCCCUACACCUGGUAUAAAUCAUACAGAUGCAACCACCAACACAACUACCACACUUAUCCCCCCUACACCCGGUAUGAAUCAUACAGAUGCAACUUUAAACACAACUGCAUCCAACACAACUACCACACUUAUCCCCCCUACACCCGGUAUGAAUCAUACAGAUGCAACUUUAAACACAACUGCAUCCAACACAACUACCACACUUAUCCCCCCUGCAGUUGGUAUAAAUCAUACAGAUACAUCUUUAAACACAACUACAUCCAACACAACUCCUGUAUUUAGCAAUGUAACUAACACCACAACCACUUCUCCAUUGAUUAGCCUGACAACCACCACAUUACCAACGACCACAUUACCAACCACAACCAGUGGACUGAACUUGACCAGCACGCUAUUCAACAACUUGACCAAUGAGAACAGCACCAGCAUGCCAAAUAUUUCUUUACCAGAUCAUGUGACAACUCAGUCAGCAUUCAAUGUUAGUGUGUGGACAACCACGUCAGUCAUUUCAUCACAUGGGACAGACAACACGACUCAGUCCACUACAGUCAAUACGACUUGGUCUAUGUCUACAGUCAAUACGACUUGGUCUAUGUCUACAGUCAAUGCGACUUGGUCUAUGUCUACAGUCAAUGCAACUCAGUCAACCCCAGUCAAUACAACUUGGUCUAUGUCUACAGUCAAUGCGACUCAGUCAACCCCAGUCAAUACAACUUGGUCUAUGUCUACAGUCAACAUGACUGAAACAGUCAACGUGACUCAGUCAACCCCAGUAAAUACGACUUGGUCUAUGUCUACAGUCAAUGCAACUCAGUCAACCCCAGUCAAUACAACUUGGUAUAUGUCUACAGUCAACGUCACUGAGUCAACUCCCUUAAAUACGACUUGGUCUUGGUUAAAUUCUACAGUCAACAUGACUGAAACAUCAACAGUCAACGCGACUGAGUCAACUCCCUUCAACACGACUUGGUCUUGGUCAAAUUCUACAGUCAACAUGAAUGAAACAUCAACAGUCAACAUGACUGAGACAGUCAAUGUGACUCAGUCAACCACUGCGACUAUGACUUGGUCGAAUUCUACAGUCAACGUGAAUGAAACAUCAACAGUCAACAUGACUGAGUCAACUCCCUUCAAUACGACUUGGUCUUGGUCAAAUUCUACAGUCAACAUGAAUGAAACAUCAACAGUCAACAUGACUGAAACAGUCAAUGUGACUCAGUCAACCACUGUGACUAUGACUUGGUCAAAUUCUACAGUCAACACAACUGAAGCUUCAAACAUGACAGAAUCAACCACAACACCCACACCCACAGCAACAACCUCCGCACCAACCCGAAUCAUCCGAGGCCAGUUUUCUAUCACUGAGGGCUAUGCCUGGAAUAAAAACCUUCUAGACAAUUCAAGCGAUGAUUUCCGAACCCUUUUUGAUCAGCUCACAGAACUGCUUACUAAACUAUACAAGAAUGUACCAGGAUUUAUAAACGUAAUAAUUAAAGAAUUUCGCCAGGGAAGUGUGGUUGUCCUGUAUGAAACAGUCUUUGACGCUGCAUCUUCAAUGACCGCUGACAACAUGACCUUGACCUUUAAAAAUCAUCUUCUGGAAAAUAAUGCUCUACUUGGAAACUUCACCAUUGACGCGACCACCAUUGAGCAUCAAGAGGUGAAAAAAAAGGAGAACAGCGAUAAAGUUUUAGAGAACUGGGCUAUUGCUGUCAUUGUGUGCGGAGGUUGUCUUUUCAUCUUUAUAAUUGUCUUGAUUAUUUUAUUGCUGUGUAGAAGGUCUACGAGUCAAAAGUACAUCUUCGAUGAUGAUGAUACGCAGUACCAGCGCACCUGGCCAGCCCCCUAUAGAUCCAACAGGUCAACCCCUGGCCAGAAAGAUAACGUAUACGACGCUGCGGACAUGGAUCACUAUAAGCAACCAUACGUCAACGACAAUUCUGCCACCGACGACGCUGUAGAACUGGGGCAUGGGCAUGAGGGCAGAACAGGGCAUGUCAACUAUGCAUAUAAUAAUGACCCCGCUUAUAAUGGGAAUUUCCACAAGAAAGAUGAAAACUAUUACAACAACCAGGCUGGAAUUUCAUUGGUCAAGUUGGAGAGAAUUCCUUUUUACAGCAUGCAAAACACAGUUGAAACAAGGCUCUAAGUUCAAAGUUUUUCCGUUUUCAGUUGUUCAUUAACCAAAGAUUUUCUUCAUUUAAAAAAACAAUGUUGAUUAUAGUAGAAUUAUAUAUAGAUUUAAUAGGCAAAAUAAUAUCAGUAGAUCAUUUUUAAAGUUGUUUAUAAAGUAGACCCACUAGAACUGCAAUAAGUAUAAUGAAUUUAUAAUAAUGUCUCAAAUAUUUUAUAGGAACCAAAGCCAAACAUACUAUGUUAUCUUUAAAUUAAGCAUAAAGCUAAAAAAAAUAUAUUUGUAAAUAACGAAAUAUUGAAAUGUGUUUUUUCAAUGUUAAAGAUAUUUAUAAAUUAUAGUUACUUUGUUAAUAGCCAAACCGAUUCUUCAAAAGGUUUUAUAUAAACCUCAUUGAAUACAAAAAACAUAUGUGAGGGUAGUUGUGGGUUAUCAUAUCUAUUUACCUUCAGCUUCAUCACAAAGUUCCUUGAAUUACUCUAAAACAGGGGUCUCCAAACUGCGGCCCGCGAGGUCCUCUCAUCCGGCCCGCGGAGAUCUUUUUGUCCACUGAAAAAACGUUUGUUGGUGAUGGCUGAGGA